AUGACAGAGAAUUUUACACAGAAAGAGACACCUGAACAACUGGCAACAAUGCAGAAACAAAAAAAAACGGAAAAAAAUGUGCCUGUACUUCAAAAUCGAGAGGCUGGAGCUGCAAGGGUGAGUAAAGGCCUGCAGGCCUAUUCACCUGCCAACAAAACUGUCCCGCGGCAUAUUUCGCCACAGAAAUCCACGUUGGUGGGAGUGGUGAAAACAAUCCCACCAACCCGCCCGCCCAGUUACCCAGACCCGCUCUUAAGCGAGCGCAGCCGCGGCCCGCUCGCAUUACUCUCAGAGCGGCGGGAUCGUGCUGCAAGUGCUGCGACAUCGGAGGGCGGCUCAGUGCACUCCGGGCGCUCGACACUCUCGGAGUGCCGCGGACAAUCUCCCACAAGCGGCUUAACAGAAGCUGACAGACGCUCGCACGCUGUAAUUAAAGCAGCCGGGUCGCUGGUAUACAAAAGUGGCCGAGAUACAGAGGAGGGUAUAGGGGGUGUGAGGUCUCGUUCCCCAUCGAGGUCCUCGGCCUCACGGCUGGGAACACCGGCGGGGGGUCUUUCCCUCCAUCUCCCUAAAAGACAAAGAAUUGAUAGUUGA